AGGCUUUGAUUAGUAUUUUAGACUCAUAACACACAUUUCUCUGGAGCUGAUGUUUUUCUAGCACUUUCAGCUUGGCUUAAAAAGCUACCUUGCUGGAAUGUUUUAAAGGGUUAAACCCCUCUAUGUUUUGAAAUUAAUUUAAAUUAAUUGAAGGAAAUACUUCUGGCCUCACCAAAGAAAUAACUGGAAUCAUGGAUCAGAACAACAGUUUGCCACCCUACGCUCAAGGCUUAGCCUCUCCUCAGGGUGCAAUGACUCCAGGAAUUCCAAUUUUUAGCCCGAUGAUGCCGUAUGGCACAGGACUGACACCACAGCCUGUCCAGAGCACCAACAGUCUGUCCAUCCUAGAGGAACAGCAGCGGCAGCAGCAGCAGCAGCAAGCAGCGCAGCAAUCUACAUCACAGCAAGCGACACAGGGAACAUCUGGUCAAACUCCCCAGCUCUUCCACUCGCAGACUCUUACCACAGCCCCUUUACCGGGAACCACACCUCUGUACCCCUCUCCAAUGACUCCGAUGACUCCCAUAACUCCUGCAACACCGGCGUCUGAGAGCUCUGGGAUAGUGCCACAGCUACAGAAUAUCGUGUCCACGGUGAAUCUUGGUUGCAAACUUGACCUAAAAACUAUUGCGCUUCGUGCCCGAAAUGCUGAAUAUAAUCCCAAGCGUUUUGCUGCUGUUAUUAUGAGAAUAAGAGAACCACGUACUACUGCACUUAUAUUCAGCUCUGGAAAAAUGGUGUGCACAGGAGCGAAAAGUGAGGAGCAAUCUAGACUGGCAGCAAGGAAGUAUGCAAGAGUUGUUCAGAAACUGGGUUUUCCUGCAAAAUUUUUGGAUUUUAAAAUUCAGAACAUGGUGGGCAGCUGUGAUGUGAAAUUUCCCAUCAGAUUAGAAGGAUGUUUAAACACUGUCACUCUCUUCUCUUACAGCUAUGAGCCAGAAUUGUUUCCUGGCUUAAUCUACAGAAUGAUCAAGCCAAGAAUUGUUCUUCUUAUUUUUGUUUCUGGAAAAGUGGUUUUAACUGGUGCUAAAGUACGAGCAGAGAUCUACGAAGCAUUUGAAAACAUCUAUCCUAUUUUAAAGGGAUUCAGAAAGACAACGUAACAGUUUCUACAUCUUUUGGAGAAAUCAGGGGUAUAUUUUAAAAAGUAUUGCGUAUGGCACAGCAGUAACAAGAGAUGGACUUCCAGUAAAACUGCAACACCAGGACUUGGACUAUUUCCCAGUUAGUGCCUACUUCCCUGAUGCUCAAGGGGAACUGUAUUAUUGAUUAUGUCUACUGAGUUACUGUGAGUUGCUUUACUGGGCUGUUCCUGAAGCAGUCCCUCCAAGUUUUAUUUAUAUUCUAGCUUUUAAAUAGUUUUAAUGCCAGUUCUAUGAAUAGAAAAUCCGUAAGUUCAUUUAAAAGACAAAUGCAACUGUGUCACUCAGUGUAUAAACCACUUAAAUUGCCAUGUAUAUAUGUUUUAACUUCCUUCCAUAAGACCAUUGUUUUUGUAAUUUUCAGAACUUAAGCUUUUAAAUUUUUUCAAUUUUAAAUUUCUUUGGUGCCAGACACAUUCCCUCUUUCCACUAUUAAGCAAGUCAGAAUAAAUUUAUUAAUGAAAAUGGCUCACUGUACAUAUAUAUAUAAUAUAUACCUUCUUCCUCUUUCCUCCUUCAGCUCCACAUGUACAAUAAACCCUGUUUAUACAA